AUGGACGCGCAACUAAGCAUUGAAACGUUACUGACCGCUGCUAGACUACUCGAUGGUGGAGCACAUAAAGUCAAUUCACUUAUUCAACCCUUAUCCACUGUGCAGAAUGCUGCUGCUACUGCCGUUACUGCACAACAACCCUCGACGUUCCCACCACCGUCGCUCACCGCUUGUCAAUCAUUAAAUCGUGAUGCCGUACAACCAGAACUCAGGGAUGUUUUUUCGAGGAAAGUACGUGUAGAACGAAAGUUAUGUUCGGCUUCAACUAGUGCCCAACCUUACUGUAUUGCCUCAUCACCGCGUAAGAACUCGACCAAACACAGUCGAGCUGCUCACAAUGAGCUGGAGAAGACACGUCGGGCAAAUUUGCGUGGAUGUCUGGAAACGUUAAAAACUCUUGUGCCACCAAUUGCUGAUGCAUCUCGUAAUACAACGCUGGCAUUGCUGACGCGAGCCCGUGACCACAUUAAGCAACUCGAGCAAGGAAAUGCGGCGUUGAUGCAAGAACGUGAUCGACUAGAAGAUCAGAAAUCAUUGCUUCAAAAUGAGCUUGAACGCCUAAAAGAAGGCACAUCUCAGUCAACAUCACCUCGUCCUUCGUCUACAAUUUCUCGUAUAUCACGUGAUUCACCAGUAUUUCUUGAAUAUUCACCUUCAUCAAAACCAUCACAAUCUCCUCAACCAAUGAUUAUUGACCCAGUUGCUGAAGGUUUACUUCCUGCAUUGCCGAUUUGUUAUCCGCGGCCCUCGCUUUAUCCCUACCUCGAUCUCACCACUACUUCUCUGCCGCGUACCUCGACAUUCGAGGUUUCAUCGUUCUUGCCGAUUCAUCUUCGUGUAUGA